AUGGCGUUUCUUUCAAGUUGUCCGGGUGGAUCGUGCCUGACACGAGAUCAUCAUAAGCAUCGGUUGGCGAUCCGUUCUCGUCUGCAACGGUCUCUGUGUUGCACGACGGCUCGCACCGAGCAGCAGGUCCAGGCCCAAGAGGUGGAGCGCCCCAAGCACUUUUUCGGACGCGUUAUUACCGCUCUGGUGACGCCAUUCAAAUUGACUGGCGUUGAGGUGGACUAUGGUGUUGCUGAAUCUUUAGCUGCUCACCUUGCUGAGAACGGUUCGGAUGCGAUAAUUGUUGCAGGCACCACGGGAGAGUCGGCAACGCUGACCUGGUCGGAAGAGUACGAACUCUUUCGGGUGGUCAAGUCGGCCGUUGCAGGGACAAAGUGUCGGGUGAUAGCGGGUGCUGGCUCGAACUCGACGGAAGAGGCGAUUGAGGCGACCAAAAAGUCGGCAAAGUUGGGUCUCGAUGGAACCCUACAAGUUGUCCCGUACUACAACAAACCCCCACAACAGGGUAUUAUGGCACAUUUUCGGGCGAUAGCCAACGCAGCACCUGAUCUGCCUAUGAUGCUCUAUAACAUCCCCGGACGCACGGGCAUCAAUAUGACAGCGGAAACGUCGAUCAAGCUGGCGGAGAUGUGUCCGAAUAUCGUGGCGCUGAAGGAAGCAUCAGGCAACCUGGAGCAGUUUGCUCGAAUUCGGCGAGCAACGUCACCCGACUUCGCCCUGUACUCUGGAGACGAUGCGCUGACGCUUCCGCUUCUAUCGCUCGGAGGCAAUGGUGUGGUGAGCGUUGCCUCUCAUUUCAUCGGUCCCGAGAUCCAGCGGAUGAUUGAGCACUUCGUGGACCUGGGGAAUCCAGAAGAGGCGUUUCGAAUUCACUGCCGAUAUAUGGACCUGUUCGAGGCACUCUUCGUGAUGGCGAAUCCAAUACCGGCAAAAGCAGCGCUGCGUUUGCUUGGCUGGCCGGUGGGCCCCACGAGACUUCCGCUCACGGAUAUCACAGCAUCCGCAGAGCAGCAGUUGCGGCAGGCCAUGAUUGCGGCAGGCCUGCUUUCCAAUGGAAGCGGAUAG